AUGGUGAAGAGUAAACGUCCCAAUUCUCACAUUCAAAAUGACUUCAAUGACGACAUCUAUAACCACAAUAAGCCUCAGCUAUGGAUCGGACCAAAGAGGGUACCAUUCGGUGGACUCAAAGACUUUCAGUACCGAAGCGGUUGCGGUAUUAAAGACUAUAACCGCUGGCAUAAGGGACAGCCUAACGAUCACGACAACAACGAGGACUGCGUUUAUAUGGUUAUCGAUGAUUACAAGUUUUUGGGCCAAUGGGAUGACUACCCGUGCGAUACCGAGAUGUACUAUAUUUGCCAGUUUGUGCUCGACUUGAGGCCUCCCUGUAAUCAAACCAAUUAUAAUCUGUUUGGUUAUAAUGAGACGAUUGGCGAGCGAUACAGACCCCUGUCCACUAACACAGUGCCUCCCAAAAACAUAACCGAUUCGACACAAAUGGUGAUCACAUGGACCACAUUCAACGCCACCAAUGCAUCGACCGUCGAGUUUGGGACCAAAUCAUUGUCUCAAUCCAUGACUGGAUUCAGUACUCAAUUCACUGAUGGAGGGAAUGAGAAGCGAAUCCUUUAUAUCCAUAGAGUUGUGUUGACACGACUCACACCGGGAACCGCUUACAUCUAUCACUGCGGAAGUACUGAUGGCUGGAGUCCUAUGUUUAGGUUCACGGCUAUGAGGAAUGACAGCGAUUGGAGCCCAAGAAUCGCCAUUUUUGGUGAUUUGGGUAAUGAAAACGCGCAGUCGAUCCCCAGAUUACAAGAGGAGGUCCAGAGAGGACUCUAUGACACCGUCUUCCACAUCGGUGACUUUGCCUAUGAUAUGGAUUCUGAUAACGCGAGAGUCGGCGAUGAAUUCAUGAGACAAAUCGAGUCCAUUGCAGCCUAUGUUCCCUAUCAGGUGUGUCCGGGUAAUCAUGAAUACAAAUACGGGAGUGGUCUCAUGAAUAACCACUACUACAGCCUCAACAUAGGACCGGCACAUGUCAUCUCAUUCUCCACAGAAUUCUAUUACUUUCUGCAAUACGGAUGGAAACAGUUGUUAUACCAAUACUAUUGGCUCAUCAAUGAUCUCAAAGAGGCCAAUAAACCAGAGAACCGGGCGUUGAGGCCGUGGAUCAUAACGUUAGGCCACCGGCCUAUGUAUUGUAGCACUGAUGACAGGGAUGAUUGCACUCACAAACAAAGUAUUAUCAGGAAAGGGCUGCCAAUUGUGCACACAUUGGGUUUGGAGGACUUGUUUUACGAGUCGGGGGUGGACUUAGAGGUGUGGGCCCACGAGCACGUCUACGAGCGAAUGUGGCCCUUAUAUAACCUAACUGUCCGUAACGGCUCCCAAUCGCACCCGUAUACCAACCCCACAGCGCCCGUCCAUAUAAUCACCGGCUCAGCCGGAUGUAAUGAAAGGCACGACUCGUUUGUGAAAAACCCUCCCGAAUGGAGUGCAGUCCGUAUAUCAGACUAUGGAUACACUAGACUUCAUAUAAUAAAUGCCUCGCACCUGUCACUGGAACAGGUAUCUGAUGAUCAGAAUGGGAAAAUUGUGGACAAAAUAAUGCUAAUAAAGGAUUCGCACGGAAUUAGACACAAAAAGGACAGUUGUUAACCAAUUUGUACCCAUAAUUGUACUGUAUAAUAACUUG